AUGGAACCAUAUAACCAAGAAGACAAAACCUUUCCACCAGAUUAUAAGACUUUAUAUUCAGAUUUGAUUAAAAAAUAUAAUCAUUUACAAGAAGAGAAUAAUGAUCAAACCAAAGAAUCAAAUGCCAAAAUCAACAGACUUGAAAAAGAAAAGAAAUAUUUAUUGGAUAAAUUAUUAAUCUUUGAAAAUUUAGAUGAAAAAGAUAAUAACCAAAAUAAUCAAAAUAAUAAUAAUAAUAAUAAUAAUUUUUCAUUUGAAGAUGAUUCAGACAAUGAAUCUGAAAAUAAUAAUAAUAAUAAUAGUAUUAAUAUAAUAAUUGAAAGGAAAUCCAAAACAACAAGAAUAUCAUCAAACAACAUCAACAACCAUAACAACAACAACAAUCUAAUUAAAUUAGAUUCAGCAACUUCAUCACCUCCACUUUUUUUUCAAAAUUCAGCAACCUCAUCACCUCCCAUUAAUCCCAAUUUAACAACAUCUUUGAAUUCAAGAUUUUCACCAAUUACUCAUCACCCUAUAUCAUCCUCAUCAUCAACAACAUACAAGAAUCAAUAUCAUUCAUCUCCACCACCACCAGCGGCUGCUGCUGGACAUCAAAAUACUCCUUAUCAAUAUGAAGAAUAUCAUCAAUACGAUUUGCCAACUAUUAAUAGUAGUAGACAUCAUAAUCAUCACCACAACAGCCGGAAUAAUAAUAAUAAUAAUAAUAAUAAUGACCAACCUAGACAACCACAACAACAACCAAGAUAUUCACCUCCAUCAUCACCAACCACGGUUGUGUAUCCAUCUUUAAAUAAUUCUCCACCUCCAAAAUCAAAAUCAACGCCAGUCCAAACCCAACAACACCAACAACCCCCAAGACCCAAUUUCCCAUCACCUCCCAAUACAUCUUCUCAUGGUGGAGUUUAUCCUCCUCCUCCCCCUCCUUCUUCUUCUCAAAAUCAUUUCCCAAAUUUUAAUAGUCAUCAACUUUAUCAACAUCAUCAUCAUCAUCAUUCAGUUGUACGUCAACCACCUCCACCUCCACCUCCACAUCCACCUUCACAACCACCACAACAAACCCCAUUACAAUUUAUACAUUAUCCUAUAACUAGGUCCUCAACAUCAACAACAUCAACACAACAAACCCGUCCACAACCUACAUUACCAUUAUCACCUCCACCAACUCCCUCACCACCUCCACCACCUCUUCUUCCCACUACUCCUCUACCAACACCCUCACCAACAUCACACAAACCAAGCCAAAGAGGUGGAAGAAAAAAAGGUAGGGAAGGAAGACUAGGAGCACAAUUACAUAUUAAUCCUGGUAUUAAUGAAAGGUUGGCAAGUGGGGAGGAUCCAAAGGUUGGCGAGUAUAAUUUCGAAGGACCCCCACCAGUUGCCAAACCAGGACACUGUGCAGCCUUUGGGAAGAACCGUCUGUGCAAGAGUAAAUCAUUGGUCAAUUGUAAAUACUGUUGGCAUCAUGCACCAUUGGAUCCAAACUCUGAUUUUAAAUGGUGUGAAUAUAUUACCGAUCAUCAAGUUGGCAAUAAAAUAGUUGGUAAAAAGUGUAAUGUUCCAGUCUCCAAAGCAAAGAAUAGAAGAUAUUGUGGUUACCACGUUCCAAAAGAAAUAUCUGAAAAUGAACAAAAUAAUAAUAAUAAUAAUAAUAAUCAAUCAUCAAUGGAGGUUGUAGUAGUAACUGGAAAAAGAAAAAAGAAUAAUAGUAUUAUUGAUAAAGAUUUACCAGAAAAUAGAAAAACAGCUAGAUAUGGUGGUGGUGGUGGUAGUGGUGGAGAUGAUAAUGAUAAUGAUGAAGAAGAUGAAGAUGAUCAUUAUUCAUAUUCUUUUUCUGAUCAUCAAACUGGGUCAUCUAGUCCAUUACCUCCACCAUCAUCAUUCUCACCAUUCUCACCUACCAAUUUUACAAGUAGUGUUUUAUCUACAUCAACUACAUCAACUUCAUCAACCACUUUACGAAAUCCUUUUAGCAGCCGUGCUUACUUUGGAAAUCAUCCAAAAAAACAUAAUAAUAAUCAAAAUCAAAAUAAUAAUCAAAAUAAUAAUCAAGAUAAUGACCAAGACAGUGAUCAAGAUAGUGAUCAAUAA